UGUGUUAUAAUCAAUUUGAUUCAUUAACUGCUAGAGGGUAUACAUGUUAUUAGCAGAAAAUUAUUAUAAAGUUAUUGAGGCAAUUUAAAAGAAUUUUGCGAAGUCAAACAUAUUGAAAUUUUGUUUCCUUUAAGUUUUUCGGAAUUAUUUGUUCUUCUCUGUCCAUCAUUGCUUCGUCGUCAUUACUGAUGCAUGCAAAAUGAAAGUGAUAAUCAAAUCAUGGAUGGGUGUUGCAUCUUGGCGCUGGAUAGCAAAUGAUGAAAAUUGCGGCAUUUGUCGCAUGUCCUUUGAAAGUACAUGUCCAGAGUGCGCACUGCCCGGGGAUGAUUGUCCAUUAGUAUGGGGCGUAUGUUCUCACUGCUUUCACAUGCAUUGCAUUGUAAAAUGGCUGAAUCUACAACCUAUGAAUAAACAGUGCCCUAUGUGCCGACAACCUUGGAAAUUCAAUAUACAUUAGAGUGGAAAGAAGAAA